AUGAUCAACGCUGUGCUUGUUUUCAACAACAGCGGCCAACCGAGGCUGACGAAGUUCUACACUCAGCUGGACACGCAAACCCAGCAAUCUCUCAUCUCUCAGAUAUACAGCCUCGUCUCCCAGCGCCCUUCAUCAGCAUGCAACUUCCUCCCGCUACCCCCGCUGCUCUCGCAAGGCGCAAGCACCAACUCCUCCGGCAGCCAUUCUGAUGCCCCCACCCAGAUCACAUACCGCACCUAUGCUACACUCUCCUUCAUCCUGAUAUCCACGUCAACUGAGUCUCCACUGGCCCUGAUCGACUUGAUUCAGGUAUUUGUUGAAGCCCUGGAUCGCCUCUUUGAGAACGUCUGCGAGCUAGAUCUCAUCUUCGGGUACGAAACGAUGCAUGCUGUACUGGGGGAGAUGAUUGUUGGUGGAGUAGUGAUAGAAACGAACCUUGAGCGGAUAGUUCAGGGUGCCAGAGCACUAGAAGGACCGCGAGGGAAGAGGAGGGCUGUUGACAGUGCCAGUUCCGCGAUCGGACGAUCAGGAAUUGCUGGCUUGGGAGUCCCUUGGAGAUGA